AUGCGUUUCUCCACGAUCAUCCUCCCUCUCCUCUCCAUCCUCGCCCCCGCCGCUCUCGUCGCUGCAGAUGAUGCCUCCACCUCCUGCUCGACCCUGACCUCCACCCGCACCGUUGUCCGUGUCGUCACCGAGACUCAUACCGGAUCCCCGUCCGCUACGCAGAACUCCACCUCCGCAGCCCCGACGCAUGCCAGCGCCUCGUUCAAGCCCAGCGGCAACGGCACCGCCACGAAAACCCCCACCGGAUCCGCUCCAUCAGCCAGCGGCCAAGUUCCGUUCCCUGGCGCGGCUGGCCAACUCCUCGUGCCGCAGAUCAUGGUCGGCGUUGCCGCAGUCGGUGCUGGCUUCAUGUUCUUAUAA